AUGAUGGAUAUCUUUUAAGUGGUACAGUUUGCAUUCCAUGUACUAAACCAUGUGCUAAAUGUUCAUCUAGUGUCACUACCUGUGAUACAAAUGUUUUUAAUAUUAACUUCAAUAUUAAUUAUANUUUAGAAAUGGAAGAGAGAAAAAGAAAAAUUAGAAAAUUUAAGUAAUGCUUAACUGAAAAUAUUGAAAAAUUAAAAGAAUUAGAUUAUAUCAGUCAACAAAUAUAACAUUUUGAGUAUUACGUCAAUUCUAUUUUAAAGAAUAUUAAACACAUAAAAGUAAUCUAUAUAUUCCAUUUAUAAGAGUGAAAUCUCAGAAUAAAUUAUGUUAUAAUAGAUAAAUUAAAAAACUAAUAUUCAUCAAAUAAAAGAGUAAAUUAAAUAGAUGUCUGAUGAUAUUUCAUUGA